GCUUCGUGAGCCCUCCCUUUUCUUUCUCAUUUCUCUCCUUUUCCCCACAAACAACCAAUUAGUAUACUAACCCUAAAAUCAAAGACCUGAUCUUUACCUUUUCGAUUUCAAAUUGAGCAAAUAAUUAGUGUUUCUGCUUCAUUUCUAGCCCUAAUCCCGUCCCAGAUUGACCUCCGCAUCAUUCGAUCGAGACUAUCUUAUUCGCAAGCUUCAAAGGCUCAAACUUGCAGGCACGUUUUAGUGAAUCAGAUUUCGGCUUUAAGUCCAAUUGGUGUCCCUUUUGAAGUGGAUGGUUUGAAGGGCUUUUAGAAGUUGGGGAAUUGAACAAUGGGUGGCAGUGAGUUGGAUAAAACUUCAAAAGAGGAGCCAAAGACACAACCUGCUACAAAUGCACAGGAGCAGUCUUCUACCACUAGCACUGGCACAGUUAAUGCAGAAUGGUCGGGGUUUCAGGCUUAUUCUCCCAUACCUCCACAUGGUUUCUUGGCAUCAAGUCCCCAAGCGCCUCCAUAUAUGUGGGGGGUUCAGCAUAUUAUGCCUCCCUAUGGUACCCCACCCCAUCCUUAUGUUGCGAUGUAUCCUCAUGGUGUAUAUGCACAUCCAUCCAUUCCUCCAGGAUCAUAUCCUUUUAGUCCUUUUGCCAUGCAUUCUCCAAAUGGCAUUGCUGAGGCUUCUGGAAAUACUCCUGGAAGCAUGGAAACAGAUGUCAAGCCAUCUGAAGUGAAAGAUAAAUUGCCAAUUAAAAGAUCAAAAGGAAGUUUAGGUAGUUUGAACAUGAUUACAGGAAAGAACAAUGAGCUUGGUAAAACAUCAGGGACAUCUGCGAAUGGAGGUUAUUCUAAAAGUGCUGAAAGUGGAAGUGAAGGUACAAGUGAAGGAAGUGAUGCAAACUCUGAGAAUGAUUCACAAUUGAAGUCAGGAGGCAGGCAAAAUUCUAUGGAAGAAGCAUCUCAGAAUGGGAACUCUGCACAUGGUCGUCAAAAUGGUGGGCCAAACACAUCUCAUUCUAUAGUUAACAAAACAAUAUCUAUUGUACUUAUAUCAAGUACUGGUGCUGCUGCAGCUGUCCCAGGUCCUGCAACAAACUUGCAUAUUGGAAUGGAUUAUUGGGGUGCUCCUGCUUCAUCUGGCAUCCCUGCAAUUCGUGGUAAGGUUCCUUCUACUCCGGUGGCAGGAGGGAUUGUUACUGCUGGAUCACGAGACAAUCUUCAGUCACAGCCUUGGUUACAGGUUUUUCCUCUUCCUCCUAAUUUGAAAUUAAACUCACUAGAUUUAUGUAUUACCAUCAUGGUUUCUCUGAACUCUGACUUGCAAAAGGAUGCCCCUGUUGAUGAACUCUUUAAAUUCUUUUCUUCUGCUGACUUGUUAAGCGAUGCCCUUGCAAGCUCUAAUAAUUUUGUGUUCUAUGUUGAUGUAUUCCAGAUCUCUUUGCUAAUGUGGAUUAAAAAAACAUGUCGGGAUGAAAGAGAGCUUAAAAGACAGAGAAGGAAGCAGUCAAAUAGAGAGUCUGCUCGCAGGUCCAGGUUGCGUAAACAGGCAGAAUGUGAUGAGCUGGCUCAGCGCGCUGAUGCCUUAAAAGAAGAGAAUGCCAAUCUUAGAUCAGAAGUAAGUCGGAUUAAGAGUGAGUAUGAGCAGCUGCUUGCUGAGAAUGCCUCUUUGAAGGAGAGGGUAGGGGAACUUCCCGGGCAUGAAGAUGUCAAGUCUGGCAAAGAUGACCAGCAUUUGAGCAAUGAUGGACAGGCAGAGGUUGUGCAGGGUAGUAGUCACUAGGAUUUCCCUAUCCUAGUUCAUGUUGUUGUCCAGGAGCAUAGUCUAACCAGAAUUAGCUGCAGGAAAAGGUUGCUAUUCUGCACUGCCUGUUUUGAUUUUAUGAAAACUGACCUUGAUAGUGUUAGGAUCCAAUUCUCAGAUCCAUGAUCUGGCCUAUGGUUUUUUAUUCAAAGCCUUGGGGAAAGUAUGUACACUGAAAUUAUGUCAUGCCCUUCUCUGUUUAAACGAGGGUGUAUGCACAAGUUAGUUUUUAAGCUUGUUUGCUUGAAAUACAGUUGAUGAAUAUGUAUUUGGGUGAAUUCAAUAUAUUGAAUUGAACUGAUAUCCUUAAUAACUCUCCCUUUUUCUU